UGCGGUGGGAGGCAGGCCGCGGCUCAUUUCCCCCCUUCUUUCUUCCCCCCCCGCCCGCCCGCACCGUUCCACGCCGCCGCCGCCGCCGCCGCCGCCACGGCGACGCAGUCACCGGCGCUGCGCCGCCCCACCGGCCUCCUCCUUUGCGCCGCGCCGCGCGGGGCUGGGCUGAGGUGGGCCGCGCCGACACGCGGCCGCUGCAGCGGCACGUGGGGAGCCACCACCACCACCACACCCUAUGCUCCUUUGCCCGCCUGGUAAGAUUGCACAAGCAGUGAUCUUAGGAGCUUAAAGUGUUCGUCAAAGACAUGGGAAAAGUGGUCUUCGGGGCAUAUCACCUUCAAUGCAAGCUAUUUGUUUCAGAAGAAACUUUUGAUUGGCGUGUUUUAGCUCGUGGGAACACCCAACUCUUCUCUCUGGUGAACUGCACAUAGUGGUUCUAUGCUCAACGACAGCAGGCUGAGGCGAUCCUGAAGCGAUACUCCAGUCUAUGCUCCACAUCUACAUGGUCAACCAUCUUUACUGCAUUCAGUCUCCAUCUGUCACUCCCUAGUUAGUUGCCAUUUGCUUUACUGUGUACCAUCUGAGGUCAAGGCUCAUCCUUGCUAUAUUCUGGGACUCUUAAUGGUUGCUGUGGGAUCUUCGUGAGGGGACCAAAGCCAAGACAGCACAAACUAGUGGAGGCCCACUGUUCAAUUCACGGAUCAUAAAUCUGUUCGUGCGGACUGAUAGACAAUAUAUUGGUCGCUUAGACUUUGAAACACUUCUCUGUGCUUGUUGUUGAUUUUUCUUGAUACCUGGUUAUCCCAAAGGAAAAGGCUUCUUCAUACCUGGUUGUCCCAAAGGAAAAAGCUUCUAUCAGGCAACAAAAUUACUGGAAAAAUGGAUAGAUUCAAGUUGAUUAAGGAAGUUGGUGAUGGGACAUUCGGGAGCGUAUGGCGCGCUAUAAAUAAACAAAAUGGUGAAGUUGUGGCCGUUAAGAAAAUGAAAAGAAAAUAUUAUUCUUUCGAGGAAUGUAUGAGUUUACGUGAAGUAAAGUCUUUGCGGCGCAUGAAUCACCCUAACAUAGUGAAGCUCAAGGAGGUCAUAAGGGAAAAUGAUAUAUUAUACUUCAUAAUGGAAUACAUGGAGUGCAAUCUCUACCAACUUAUGAAAGACAGAGUCAAGCCUUUCGCGGAGUCAGAUGUUCGUAAUUGGUGCUUUCAGAUUUUCCAGGCUCUUGCUUAUAUGCACCAGAGGGGAUACUUUCAUCGUGACCUCAAACCAGAGAAUCUGCUGGUUAGCAAAGAUGUCCUAAAGCUAGCAGACUUUGGUCUAGCAAGAGAAGUUUCAUCUGCACCACCAUACACAGAAUAUGUGUCAACACGCUGGUACCGAGCACCUGAAGUGUUGCUCCAGUCAUCUGCUUAUGAUUCUGCAGUUGAUAUGUGGGCAAUGGGUGCCAUAAUGGCCGAGCUGUUGACACUCCAUCCUCUUUUCCCUGGCACAAGUGAAGCGGAUGAGAUUCUCAAGAUUUGCAACGUUAUUGGUUGCCCAGACGAGCAAACAUGGCCCCAGGGAUUGUCUCUUGCAGAGGCGAUGAAGUAUCAGUUCCCACAGAUCAGAGGCAAUCAACUGUCGGAGGUAAUGAAAUCAGCCAGUAGUGAGGCAGUUGACCUUAUAUCCUCUCUGUGCUCAUGGGAUCCUUGCAAGAGACCAAAAGCCGCGGAAGUUCUCCAACAUGCCUUCUUUAAGGAUUGUACAUAUGUUCCAGCUGCUGUCCGGCCAAAAGCUGCAGGUCCCCCUAAAACUCCUCCGGGUGUUGGAGCAAGAGGAGUUUCAGGACACAUUGCUCGGAGAUACUCCACUGGAGCUCUCUCCACAAGCAAACCUGCUGCAAACAUAUCUAUAAAACCUAGCAGCUUAUCUAAGAUCGGUGUGCAAAGAAAACUUCAAUUGGAUCGUCAGGCACCACAGAAGAGUACACGGCCCACUGAGAGUAACACCAAACAAACUACUAGUCGAGUACCGGCAAGGAAUAGCCCAGGGAACGCGAACCCGAUAUUAAGGCAUUCACGCAGUUUACCUGAAACUGGCCGGGCAACGGUUCAGAAGGUUUCGACUAUCACCGAAAAGCUUGCUCAUAUGUCUGUGACCUCUCGAACACGCACGGCUGUGAAGCCCCCUGUCCCGCUGUUGAAGGCUGGGCAUCUCAAGUCAGACUUCCUCGGGAAAUCCGACGAAAUCCCUCCGGCAAAGAGAUUGACAAGAAAGUUGGUGAGCUAAAGGAGUAUAGAGUGAAGAACCGAUCAGCUGCAGCAGCGAGGCGUGUGGGCUACAGAGCUAAAACCAGGUUCGCCUCGGCGCCAACCGUGUGUUUUGCCUGUUCAUGGUCCUUGCGGUAGUUUCCUCCCCCUGCUUGCUUGGUCCAGGUGCCACGGUAGAGAAUGUGUUGCGAAUGUGCUCGAGCCUGCUGACCUUUCCCUGUACUGGGGUGUGGAUUUGCCCAUGCCCCGAGUUUGUCCCGUGUAUGAACAAAACAUGUGUGGUCUUGGUUUGGUUUGUGAACUAGUUUCUCAAUCGUUCAUAUCGCAGACCGUUGUCCUGUUCAUGUGCAAUCUAGCAGUCGACAAACCCUCCAAUGAAGAGGAUAAUUUGGCUUCGCUUGUACAGUUUGCGAUAUUUAAUAGAGCACGUUAGUGUA